GAACUAUAUUAGUGAACAGGACAUGAGAUGAGAUACAGUGUUACUGAAUCAACAGUCUGUUCACACAAAAGACCCAAAGGUUCCAUGGACUAAGCCCUCGCUUUACUCCGUACUCAGUACAAGAAACAAAAAAACCAAUGCCCUCAGCACCACUGCCGCUCAAACCAAAGCCAACCCAGGCCAUCUUCACUACAUCCCUCCUCCCUCCCGGCCCCAACAACGUCGUCGGCUUUACCCUUCCAACCCGCACGAUCCCCCACCCCCCCACCAACCCAUCCGUGCUGAACGACGCCCUCGCCGUUCGCCUCCAAGUCUUCGUUGACGAACAGAAAUGCGCGCCCGAUCUCGAAAUCGACGAGGAUGAUAGCCGGAGCUGGCACUGGGUGAUUUAUGAUGAGAAUCACCGACUCCCUGGCUCGGACUCGAACCCCAUGAAAGUCCCUGUUGCGGUGCUUCGGCUCGUGCCGCCACCGCAUGCAUCGCAUGAUGAUUUUGCCGCGAUGUAUGGGAACGCCAAUGCCAAUGCCAAUGCCAGCCAAGACGAGGAAACCUCAAGCGGAGAUGGAGAUGGAGAUGGAGACGCAACCCCACGACUCAAGAAGUAUGACUUCACGCACGAAGCCCAUAUCAAGUUCGGCCGUGUGGCGGUUCUCCCCGAGUACCGCGGGUACGGGCUCGCGCGAAAAUUAAUGGAAAUGUCAAUGGCGUGGGCGGCGGGAAACGCUGCGGCGAUCAAUGCGUCGCUGGCGCGGGUGGUUCGGGAGGAGUGCAGUGGCGGGCUGGCUCGUGGAGCUCGGGUUCCUGUGUGGAAGGGGCUGGCGCUGGUACAUGCGCAGGUAUGGGUGGAGAAGUUCUAUGAGCGGCUUGGGUUUGAGACGGACGAGGAGAUGGGGAGGUGGAGUGAGGUUGGGAUCGAGCAUGUAGGGAUGUGGAAGCGGUUGGAUGGAUAUAGGGUUAGAGGGGACAAGACUAGGUAACUAUUCAGUACAUGACAUGACAUAUAACUAACCUAUAUUUAUUAUAAGACACUAGUUAACUACACUACGUAUAUGACGAAGAAGAGAGAAAUGCAGCUUAAGG